UUUUGACGCAUCUUCUCUCUCACUCUCGCUUUCUUUCAGCCAAGUUGUAUCAACGCAAACAAACCAAAACAACAAAAAAGCCAGUAUCAUUCACACGAAAGCCCGCAACCAGGAAAUGUCGCUGUCUGGCUCGUCGUCAUCGGGUGGACUGCCGCCAGGAUCGCCCAGCUUGAGCAGCAGCUUGAUGACUGGCAGCGGUGGCGGUGUGACUGCAGCCGCGGGCUCCACGAGCGGGGCGCUGGAGCACGUCUUCAAGGUCAUCAUUAUCGGCGAGGGCACCACUGGCAAAACUGCACUCAUCCGACGAUACGUUGACAACACCUGGGAUCGCACAUACAAGUCCACACUGGGAGUCGAUUUUGCCCUCAAGGUCAUUGAUAUUUCCAAACAAGAGCAUGUCCGAUUACAGUUGUGGGACAUUGCAGGCCAGGAGCGCUUCCAACACAUGACGCGUGUGUACUACAGAUCAGCCGCAGCAGCAGUGGUUGUUUUCGACUUGACACAGAGGUGGUCCUUCCAAAAAGUUCGUGGCUGGAAGGCGGACGUCGACAGCAAGGUCCGGUUGCCAAACAACGAGGUCAUCCCCUGCAUGCUGAUUGCCAACAAGUGCGACCUCCCAGACCGACAAGUCUCCCGAGAAGAGAUUGACGAGUUUGCGCGCGAAAUGGGCUUCCUCUGCUGGUUUGAAACAUCGGCAAAGGAGAAUAUUAACAUUGAGAAGGCCAUCAAGACGCUUGUCAGCCACAUUCUGACCAUUCCCAUUGCACCGGGUCAUGCCGGCGUUCCUGGCAACCGAGUGCGAACAGCCAGCCUUGCCAACGCCACGUUUCCAGGCGGUCGCUCGGACGGCGCUCUGCAAGUCAAAGAGGAUGCACCCGCUCCCCAAGAAGGUGGAUGUUGCGGCGGCAAAUAAAAGCAAAAGAACCGAAAAAAAAGCACGCCUCCAACGGUCACCGUGUGAGCGAUUCGAUGUGUAGUGGUUGAUUGUCGUGUGAUCGGCGUUGUCUGUCAAUCUUGCCUUGCAACGCAAGAAUACAUUUCAUUAUUUUUUGUGCA